AUGCCUUUGGUAAUUUCUUGCCUCCUAGACCAGCUGGUCGAUUUUGAGUUCCCGCUGCUCCAGCCCUUCGGUGACUCGAAAACCACUUCCACCCGGCUCCUCUCUGACGAUCCUAUCGUUCGUGAGGGAUCGCCGAUUGGCUUUGAUGUGGAUGUGGCCGACUCCAAGGACUCUACCAUCGUUGUGGACUCGAGCCAGGUCAAUCCCCUUGAGACUGAACAGUCCUUUGGUCUGUCCCAACGCAAUGAGAGCCUUCUGCCGGCGAAGCCCACCCCACCUGUUUUGAAUCCUUUCGACCGGUGGCUAAGAUGGGCCAUUAAUCACUCCGUGUUUGACAGCCCGGAAGAGGAACUCCUGGCCGCCCAGCUCGGAGCAAACCGCCAUGAGCUCUACAAAGGUGUCAACGACAAUGCCUUUUUCCAGUGGGGUCUGCGGUUUAUGCCAAAUCUCGGCGAUGACAACGUCUUCCGGACCGUUAUGAUCGAGAAUCUCCCCAACACCGUCACCCUCGAUCAAGUCCUGCCUCGAAUCCGCGGUGGCGCCAUCUUCUCGGCCUCUCUGACGGACACCAGAGCCAUCUCUGGCUGCCCGACCGUAUUGAUCACUUUCUUAUAUGAAAGAGGGGCAUUGAACUUCCUGUACCGCGUUGCGCGAGAGGGCUUCUACGUCGGGUUCAGCCCCGCGCAAGUGCGUCCCGUUCCGACCCCGACCUACCGCAUGGCCCCUGACGUGGAGAAUCAGGUCCGCCGUCUUGGUCACACUCGCUGCCUGGUGGUUCAUACUCCUCACGGAAAGGAAAUUAGGGAAGACAUUCACCGUGUACUGGACCAGGCACGCCUUCACCCUUACGUGGAGUGUUUCGGAGAACGGGAGCUGAAGGGCGAAGUCACCGUUCGGUUUCACUCGGUCAAGAUGGCCUCGGUAGCCUCCAUUGCGCUGAUGAAGGACCCCAAGUUCAAGGGACUGUUGAUCAAGUUCGCACCGGACCCGUGCGCGGCAUUUUGA